GGUGUGUGGGUGUGACGGCGGUGCGCGAAAAGGCGAUCGAAAGCACGUUAUGACGUCGCGCGUGCCGAUUCUUGUGAUUUUGGGAGCAACGGGAACCGGGAAAUCGAAACUGGCCAUUCAACUCGCCCAGAAAUACUGCGGCGAAAUUAUUUCCGCUGACAGCAUGCAGGUCUACAAAGGGUUGGACGUGAUUACAGCGAAGGUAACCAAAGAGGAGCAAGCCAUGGCUCCGCACCAUAUGCUCGACGUCGUGGAUCCCUUGUCGACGUUCUCGGUCGUUGAUUUCAGGAACAGAGCAUUGCCUGUUAUAGACAAGCUCCUGAGUGUCGAAAAGGUGCCAAUAAUCGUCGGUGGGACGAAUUAUUACAUAGAAUCUCUGCUGUGGCAGGUGCUCAUCGAGGAUCCAAAGGAUACGGCGAUCGACGAGCCGUGUUCUUCCUUAGUUUUCGACCGCGACGAUGGUUUCGUGAAUAUGCGAGGUAGUGAUGUUGUUAAAUCGGAUCGUGCGACGAGUGUUGUCGUGGUUGAUGAUGAAAAUCGUAGUGCAGUGGGUGAAAAUCGGGUGAGUGAUGUGUGCGAAAGUGAAACACAGGAAUACGAAAGUGCCGAUAUCGACGCCCCGGCUUCGAAGAAGAUCAAAUUCGACGACGCAAUCAGCACCGACGAGCUGCACCGUAAGCUCAGAGAAGUUGACGCAACAAUGGCUGACAGAUUGCAUCCGAAUGACCGGAGAAAAAUUAUAAGAUCGCUGCAGGUCUUCGAUCAGUUUGGUACGAAACAUUCCGAAAUUUUAAGGGAGCAGCAACUUGCCGGGGGUUCCGGCCUCGGAGGUCCGCUUCGCUAUCACAACUCCGUCAUACUGUGGUUGCAAUGCGACCAGAACAAUACCAAUCAAUGCAGAAAUUAUUUGGGAUUGAGGCAAAGCUUAUACGCGGUGUUGGACAAACGACUCGAUCACAGAGUAGAUUCGAUGCUGAAGGCAGGAUUAGUCGAGGAACUGCUGGAUUUUCACCGCAGAUACAACGAGGGAAGGAUUAAGGAAAAUGCACUACCCGAUUACACGAAAGGGAUCUUUCAGAGCAUCGGUUUCAAGGAGUUUCACGACUACUUGAUCCUACCCGAGGAUCAGAGAAGCUCCGAUAUGGGUGAAAAACUGCUGAAACUAGGUAUCGAGAAUUUGAAACUACGCACAAGGCGAUACGCUAGGAGGCAGCAGCGAUGGGUGACGAAUCGAUUCAUACGCCGAUUCGACAGGCAGGUGCCCCCGGUUUAUCCCUUGGACUGCACAGACGUAGCUCAGUGGGAUCAGAAAGUUCUGGGACCUGCGAUGUCCAUAAUAACCGACAGGCUUGAGGGUCAAACGCCCAGCCAUAAAUCCCUGAACAACAAUAAGACUGAAAACUUCGCGAUACCUGACAGCAACACCGAGCGAACUCGCUAUUGCGAAACGUGCGAGAGGGUCUUCGUCGGCGACUUUCAAUGGAAGGCGCACAUGGAAGGCAAGAAGCAUCAGAGAGUGGCGAAACGAAAGAAGAUAAACCAAUUGAUGCAGGAUCCAAAGUAGCUGAAAGGAAUCGUACGUGAUGUACGUACAGAGUAAAAGUGAUGGUUGGUACUCAAACUUCAGUUUUUCGAAACCUUUAACCGGUCGCAAUCAACUCAAUGCUCAGGGUUGACUUGAGAAAAAUCUCAGGCUAAGAAAACGGAGUUGAAAAAAACAGGAAUUCUUCAAAUUUAUAAUAUAAUUAUGCAUAUGACGUUUUCGUGAUAAAUUUAUCUGUCCGAGAUGGGAUUAGAGAACAAAAUGAAAUAGAAACUUGAUAUCAAUGCAUUAAUCAGAUGCAUUAAUCAUCUUUACAAGUUGCCCAGAAUUUCUUUCAAUAACCGAAAAUCUCACGCUUUCAAUGUUUUAAUUUUUUUUUUUCAGUAAUUUUGAAUCCAGAUCUUAUAAAAAUUAUUAUCUCAAGUUGAUAUGACAUGCGUGGAAACGAGAAACAAGAUUCUAAAUCUGGGUCUGAUACGCUUGCCAUCUGCCUUGCGUCAACGCCUCAGUUGAAUGGGGCAAUUUACUAAAGAUUCCUAAAAACAGGAAGCCGUAGGUAUUUUGUGGAAGCAAGGAAAAGGGCGCGGAAGUAAUCGCAGUACUUGACACUUACCGACUCGCUUAAGCAGUGUUAACUGAGUCGGUAACUGUAGAAAAUUUCCGGACUAAAUUUCGCUUUGCUCCGUCCCUUCCCGAACUGCAUUAACAAUAAGCUGCAAAAUAACCCCGUUCAGCUGGCUGACUUUAGCAAUCUUCAAUCAACGAUGUGUUUUGUUUAAACAUGUUUCAGAUCAGUUGAUCGAAUGAUGAUCUGCUGGUUUGAUCAUCGACUAGAAUUUAUUCGCUUUGUAACCAAUAGUCGGUAAAACAGUGCUGAAAUUCAUUGUAUCAACCCCCGGGAGUGAAUACGACAAUCGAGUACCGUUUGUAGUUAUACAUGUACCGACUGACGAAAUACCGCCGGUAAAACAAGGCCGCAUGUACCGUAAGUCGGCAUAUUAACCACAAUCGGAUGGGUAACUCCUUGAUAACGGCAACGGAACUAUUUGGUUUCAAUUUGAAAUAUUAUAAUGUCCGACGACCUAACAGUCUUAAAAAUAUCGUUCGAUUUUCAAGUCCUUUGAAUCAAAUAAAACCCAGUUCUUCUUUUUGGAUUUUUAAAUCAUAUACUAUCAUAAAAAAGAGAAGAGCGAACCAAUUAAAAUAAGAUAUAGUUAUUUCAGAUCUGAAAUAUCAUUUUUCUAAACCAUUGAAAUCAUUGAUGAGUCCAGAGGUACUGUGAAUUGAAAGAAAUUAAGUCGAAAAUGAAGUAGGUAUCAUUCAAUCAUCCGCAUUUAAAUACGUUGGUCAAAAAUCCCUUGGAAACAAACAAGUUUUUUUUUUUUCCGUUGUUAUUGACAUUCUAUUCACCAAAGAAAAUUAUGCUUAAGAAAAAUACCCUGUGGUAAAUGAAUCGUUUAUAGCCUUGCAAAAGUUUUAAAAAACCCAGAAAGGUUGAUUCUAUAUCUUGCCAGUUUGAAUCAUGUACGGAAAUUUGCUUUUUCCCAACAACAGAUUUGGCACAGCUCGCAUAUGUGGGAUGUAUGUAUAUGUAUGUAUAUGUAUUGAAAUUUAUUGUAUAUUGUUUGAAUGAAUACCAAAAUAAAUAUAUUGAAUAUUACUGUUUA